AUGGCCGACAACCGCCAAGGAGACUCCGUGUCGCCGCGGACGCGGUCUCCGUUGUCGUCGCCCGGAAACGCCGCCUCUCAGCCCGAGUCUGCGUCGCCGACGGCGCGGUUAGACCAUCAACUCCCUCCCACCCCCGAUACGGCGGAGCAGCAGCCGCGAGAACCGAGGCCAAGGAUGGAGGCCAAGGACUAUUGGAACGGAGGGACAAAGCACCCCGACGUCUCGCCCGGAGUGCUUUCAGAGGGCUCCGCCCAGGCAUUGCGCUCCCCUGACACGUCUGGACAGAGCCGCCAUGACGCCGAUGGGCCUCUGUCUCCCACGUCCAAUCCCGCCUUGUCGGAAGCGCCCUCCAUCGUCGGGAGGCGAAGCGUUCAGUUUGCCAGAGCCGGAGCCGAUCCACUCGAUGAGUCGAACCAAGCCGCCCAAUCCCGUCGCGGAUCCUGGGGUGCUCCCGAUACCCCUGGAAAGCCCAGAGGCACUUCCUUCAUGUCAAAGAUCAAGGCGUUUGCGAGCAAUCCCAACUUGCAGACUCCAAAAUCGCCGAGUGCGCCUGCUGCGCCGUUUGAGAACGGGUCGCCGCCCACGGCCAACUCGCCAACCACCGCCCGCCUUGGCUCGCGACUGCCGGAUACCCUCGCCGAGGAGCUGUCUGAUGCUGACGCAGAUAUCGAGGAGACGGCCGACGAGGCCAACAUCCCCGAUCAAGGACCUGCGACCAAGAAGAAAAAGAAGAGAAAAAUGCGGCGUUUCAAGAAGGGACAGGUGUCCUCGCCUUCGACGCCGCAUCGCCUGCCGAGUGACCUCACCUCCAGCCGUCUGUUGAAGCGCCGCGCCAGCAUGCCAGACACCUCUGCACAGGUCAUGUCGGACGGCGAUGCGCGCGAGCAGCUGAGACGAAGGGCCUUUCGAAGAGGCCACUCCUACAUGGACUCUGCGCCGAGGGGACCCGACGAGGACCUUGACGACGCCGACAGUCCCGCGCCCGGACGAAGGGCCGGUCACCUACGGCGCAUCACUGUCUUCGGUGGGGGCGGUGUGUCGGAUGGCGAUGCCAUGUCACCCAGGCGACCGUUUUUCAACUCGGAGCGAGCCUCCCACUUUGGCGUGCAAAAGUGGAAACAGGUGAAGAGCACGCUGAAGCUUCUUCGCCAAAAGAAGGAAGACCGGUUCGACUACUUCAAGUCGGCCGAACUGAUGGCCGAGCUGAGGGCUGGUGCGCCCGCCGUCUUGAUGCUCGCGAGCAUGAUUCAGCGGGACGAGCAUGGGAAUAAGAGAAUCCCUGUUCUCCUGGAGCAGCUCAGGCUCAGGAUAAAGGACAGCUGUCCCAUGCCAGAUGACGACAAGGACCGCCAUUGGAUAUUCACCAUGGAGCUAGAGUACGGCAACGGCCCGAGCCGGAUGAGCUGGACCGUCAUCCGAACCAUCAGGGACAUCUACAACCUCCACUUCCGCUACAGAUUCGCCCUCAACAACGACAAGUACAUGCCGGGCCGCCUGGACUUGGGAACCCGCCCCAGGCAGCCCAAAUUCCCGUACUCUGCAUUUCCCUAUCUGCGCCGAGCCCGCAUCAAGGGCGACGACAGCUCCGAUGAUGAGCAGGCCAGCGUGGCCGGAGAAGAGACUGCCGGCGAGGGAACGGCGGCAGAGGCUACGGCUGGCGAGGGAGCCACCGAUGAGGGCCAGUACCAGCCGCGCCGAAAGAAGUCGCGGGCCAACCUGUGGGGCAUGCGGCGACGGUCCACCGGAUUCACCGACCCCGGAGACAUCUCCAACGCCGAAGGCGCCCAGUCAAGCGCCGUCAUGGACAUGAUGACCCGGAGACAGCGCUAUGUGGAGAAGCAGAGGCGAACGCUGGAAAAGUAUCUCUCGGAGAUGAUCAGGUGGCUCAUGUUCCGAGCCGACAGCAACCGCCUCUGCCGCUUUCUGGAGCUCUCGGCCCUGGGGGUUCGCCUUGCGGCAGAAGGCAGUUAUCAUGGCAAGGAAGGGUACUUGCAUAUCCAGUCGUCAAAGGGUCUCGAUUUCCGCCGCGUGCUCACGCCGGCCAAGGUCAUUGCUCGUCACAGCCGCAAGUGGUUCCUGGUUCGACAGAGCUACAUAGUGUGUGUCGAGUCGCCAGAGAACAUGAACAUCUACGACGUCUAUCUGGUCGACUCCAAGUUCAGCCUCAUUUCUAAGCGAAAUCCGCUGAAGCAGAUUGGCUCCAAGGACAAGCAGGCAGAUAUCGAUCUGACCGUCGAGGCGCCGCCCGAGAAGCACCACACUCUGACUCUCCACACGUCGGAGCGCAAAGUCCGCCUCUUCUCGAGCUACCAGUCUGUCAUGAAGCAGUUUGAGGAGUCCAUCAACGAGAUGCUCAGGCAGACGCAAUGGUACGAGAAGAAACGGUUCGAGAGCUUCGCACCGGUACGCACCGGCGUCUUUGCCCAGUGGCUUGUGGACGGCCGCGACUACAUGUGGAACGUCUCCAGAGCCAUCAACAUGGCCAGGGAUGUCAUCUACAUCCACGACUGGUGGCUGAGCCCCGAGCUCUACAUGCGACGCCCGGCAUGCAUCAGCCAGAAGUGGCGACUCGACAGGCUGUUGCAGAAGAAGGCGCGAGAAGGGGUCAAGAUCUUCGUCAUCAUCUACCGAAACGUGGAAGCCGCCAUUCCCAUCGACUCCGAGUACACCAAGUUCUCGCUGCUGAACUUGCACCCAAACAUCUUUGUCCAGCGGUCGCCCAAUCAGUUCAAGAAGAACCAGUUCUUCUUCGCGCACCAUGAAAAGAUUUGCAUUGUGGACCACGACGUAGCAUUCCUGGGCGGCAUCGAUCUCUGCUUUGGCCGCUGGGACUGCCCCCAGCACCCCAUUGUCGACGACAAGCCGACUGGGUUCGAGAUGAGCGAGCGGCCAAAGGACGCAGAGCACUGUCAGCUGUUCCCUGGCAAGGACUACUCCAACCCCAGAGUGCAAGACUUCUUUCGUCUCAACGAGCCUUAUGAAGAAAUGUACGAUCGCAGCAAAGUCCCCAGGAUGCCAUGGCAUGACGUAUCCAUGCAGGUCGUCGGACAGCCCGCUCGGGACCUGACGCGCCAUUUCGUCCAGCGUUGGAACUAUCUUCGCCGCGGGCGGAAGCCAACUCGGCCCCUGCCCUUCCUGCUGCCGCCUCCGGAUGCCAAGUUCGACGAACUCGAGGCCCUCGGCCUGACGGGAACUUGCGAGGUGCAGAUUCUGCGCUCCGCGUCGACCUGGUCUCUUGGCAUCGAGGAAACGGAGCACAGCAUUCAGACUGCGUACAUCAAGAUGAUUGAGGACUCUGAUCAUUUUGUCUACAUGGAAAACCAGUUCUUCAUUACCAGCACCGAGGCGUACAACACAAAGAUUGUGAACCGCAUUGGCGAUGCGCUGGUUGACCGCAUCAUCCGUGCGCACGAAAACGGCGAGGACUGGCGCUGCGCCAUUGUGAUACCACUGAUGCCAGGGUUCCAAAACACUGUCGACGAGCAAGAGGGGACCAGCGUCCGACUGAUCCUCAUGUGCCAGUACCGAAGCAUCUGCCGGGGAGAGCAGUCGAUCUUCGGCCGCCUGCGUGCAGCUGGCAUCGAGCCGGAGGACUACAUUGGCUUCUACUCGCUCCGGCAAUGGGGAAUAAUGGGCAACGACGUCCUCGUCACGGAGCAGCUUUACAUCCACGCCAAAACCAUCAUUGUGGAUGAUCGAGUUGCCCUCAUCGGAUCGGCGAAUAUCAAUGAGCGGUCGAUGCUUGGUACACGAGACUCGGAAUGCGCAGCCAUUGUCCGAGACACCGACAUGCUGUGGUCGACGAUGGGCGGAAAGCCGUACCAGGUCGGUCGCUUUGCUUACACACUACGCCUCCGUCUGAUGCGAGAGCAUCUUGGCCUGGACGUCGACGAGAUCCUGGAGGAAGAGCGGCGGCAGGAGAUGGAUCGCGAGGCAUUUGAGCACGAGAUGGGUGACAUCUACGGCGACGACGCGCCAUCUGGUGCCGCUGUAGGUCCCAGCGCGGUGCGAGAUGAUCUAUUCAAGAAGCAGUUUGAAAUCCCUCGACUACCCAGCUUCAACCACGAUCUUGACUUGGAAAAGGCUCAAGCCACUCAGCCAGACGAUUCCUUCGACGUCAAUGGAAAAGAAGAUGACAAGGAUGCUCGAGUGACGGGAAAGAAGCAUCAGCUGGAUGUGUCAGGCUACGGGCCGGAUCAAUGGAAGACUGCCGAGAAGUCUGGCCUCGACGGAGGCCGCGAUUCAGUCGUUGUUCACGGACGCGAAGUACUGGUCCGAAGCAUCGACAGCCAGGGCAAAGGAGCCCUGGACGCUCCCAAGCCGCCCCAUCGGCCCAACACUGGCGCGGAAAACAGACACCGGGCGUCUUCCGCCGGCGGCCACGAGGGAAUACCGCCCAUACCUCCCUUCAAUCGGCGCACAACGGAUCAGCUCGGGAUGCCGCGAACUGCUCAGCUCCCGCCCCUGCCCGUGGUGGACGACACAGACAUAGGAGGGCCGCCCGUCCACACAGACCCCGUCACGGGCCGCCUGACGAAUGGCGCCUUUCAUCCGAUGGCGUCGGAUAUUAGGCCGGCGGAUAUCACAAAGGACUGCAUGCGUGAUCCCGUCAACGCAAGCUUCAUGGAUGGAGUCUGGGGCAAAGCCGCGAGGAACAACACGAAACUCUAUCGCAGAGUCUUUCGAUGCAUGCCCGACUCCGAGGUGAGCACGUGGGCCGAGUACCGCGAAUACGUGGAAUACGGCGAGAAGCUGCGAGCCAACAUGGAAGGGAAAGCUGCGGGCGAAGAGAGCGAGCUGAAGCAGGAGAUGAGCCACAACCGAGAAUCGACAGCAGCCGGAGCCGGGAUCGGUGCGCCGGGACCGGAAGCGAUCACCAAGGCUGUCCGGAAGGAAGCAGAAAAGGCUCCGGAAAAGUUGUCGGAAAAGCUGUCUGAGAAGAUGCCAGGAACGAGCCAAGACGAAGGAAAAGCGCAAAUUGCCAUGAGUGAGGGCGGACAGGCAGAGCUGCAUGAGAAAAGCCCUUUGCGAAACGGAGACGACGAGAAGUCUCCUCGGCCUCCUCAGGGACAAUCACUUUUCCCUCCACUGGAGAAUGUGCCGACCAAGACUCUCGAGCCUCAGACUUCCAGGAACACUGAACGUAAGGCUACAUUUUCUGGGUUGGACAAUCCACCUUCGAGGGAUGCCAGGGAAACUGGCGGGGGGCCGUCUGGCCAGUCGGGCUCUGUCAAACGCCGGCGCCGUGCCACGACAAAAGGUAGCAGGCGCGGGCUCUCGAUUGAGGACAUGCCGUCCCGCGCCGAUGCCGAGGAGCUUUUGAAGAUGAUCCAGGGCAACCUGGUCGAGUUCCCGUACGAUUGGCUUCUCACCGAGGAGCAGAAUGGCAACUGGGGCUACCAGGUGGAUGGUGUGGCUCCGCUGGCAAUCUAG